AUGAAAAUUUUUUUGGCCAUUGUUUUUAUUUCCUUCUUUAUCGAAGCAUUCGUCGAUAAUGCAACGUCCUCGCCAACAUUAUCGGAUCUCAAGUCUGUCAGUAAUCAAACCGUGCCUGGAUUAUCGAAUCGCGAUAAUGCUAUCCAACAUACCGACCUAGAACCCAAUGGAUUCGAAGUUGCGGAUUUACCAGGAGACUAUGAAUAUGAAAGCUUACCAGAAUAUGAAGUCGCAGAUCAUUUACCGGGAGAAUAUGAAACUUUUUCUGAAGUUGAACCAGAACAAUAUCGUCGUGGUUACGAUGAUGGCCGCUAUCGCCGUCGUGGUUACGAUGAUGGCCGCUAUCGCCGUCGUCGUUACAGUAGAGGAUACGAUAGAGGAUAUCGUAGAGGAUAUCGUCGAAGAGGUUAUGAUCGAAUUUUGAAUCGAAAGUAG